CAUUUGGCAUUUGGCAUCAAUCAUAUUACGAAAAAGUGACAGUUCGACUGUGAUUGUGAUUAUUUUUGCUUGUGUUAUAUUUGUUUUUGUAUUUGUGCCGUUAUUUUAUGUAGUAUGUGAACUACAGUUAGAAAAGAAAAGAUACAAUUUUUGUAGUUGUUUCUCGUGCACUUAUCAAAACGAAUAUAAAUAAAUAAUGACAGAGAAUUCAAACUAUGAAAAUGUGAGAAAUAAAUUAGGCUAAUUCUUCAAUUAGAUUUUUAAUUUUGUUCCUAUAGGAGGAAAUGGGAUUUAUCAGAAUGUAUAAAUGGCCAGUACUCAACAAACAUUUCCUAGUAGCUCUAUUCACUGGUCUAGCGAUGGGCUUUACGGUAGCGUACAUAGCACUGUCGCCGGAAAUGAUAGCUUUUACCGAUCCACACUCAAGUCGGGAAAUGGAAUACAUGGCGGGGCCAACCGUUGAUCCGGGAUCUCAUUCGGAAAACGAAGAGUUCCACAACAUGGAGGACGCUACGGUGGCUAAAAAAUUGUAUAACGAAGUGAGGGUUCUUUGCUGGAUCAUGACGGGCCCGAAGAAUCACGAGAAAAGGGCAAAACACGUGAAAGCGACCUGGGGGAAGAGGUGUAACAUAUUGCUGUUUAUGAGUUCUAAGGAAGACGACGCGCUGCCUGCUGUUGCCCUCCCAGUGAACGAAGGUAGGAACAACCUCUGGGUGAAGACGAAAGAAGCGUUUAAGUACGUGUACAAGCACUACUACGACAAAGCGGACUGGUUUUUAAAAGCGGACGACGAUACAUAUGUGAUACUAGAAAACUUACGGUACAUGCUGAUGCCUUACAAAGCUAGCGAAGCGAUAUAUUUCGGAUGUCGUUUCAAGCCUUACGUGAAGCAGGGGUACAUGAGCGGCGGGGCCGGUUACGUUUUAAGUAAAGAAGCUCUGAAAAGAUUCGUUGAGAUCGGCCUGACGAAUUCUACGGGGUGUUCGAAAAGUAAUUCGGGCGCAGAGGAUGUGGAGAUGGGGAAAUGUAUGGAAGCCGUUCAGGUGAAAGCUGGCGAUUCUCGCGACUCGAUGGGUAGAGGGCGAUUUUUUCCUUUCGUUCCCGAACAUCACCUGAUUCCCGGUCACGUGGCCAAAAGUUUCUGGUACUGGCAGUAUAUUUACUAUGAAAGCAAGGAGGGUAUGGAUUGUUGCUCCGACAACGCGGUCUCUUUCCAUUAUGUCAGCCCCAACCAGAUGUACGUUUUAGAGUACCUAAUAUAUCAUUUAAGGCCGUAUGGGAUUUCGUUUCAUGUUGAAAUGCCCCCCGAACUGGCCGAUGCUUCUUCGGCUAAGUACGAGACCACCACAAUAUAACCUUCAAACUUGUCACGUAUUAGUUUUUUUUGUGAAAUACUGAGAUCAGAUUUUUAAAUGUGCAAUGCCGAGCAUUUUUGAAACGAUUGAUUAUUUUAAUUAAUCCAGUUGACUGAAUUAAAUUCUCAAUAUAAUUUAAGAAAAAAUGGAAUUUAUUAUAUUAAUUGGUACUUUUCAGUUUUUAGUUUUGCGUACUAAACCUUGAUGUGAGGAAAAUAAUAUUUUUAGAUGUAUUGUGCUCAAAUAUUGUAAGACGAGUAUAAUUUAUUCCCGGUAGGAAGUAUUUCCUAGUCGCAGAAUAUAGGACAAAGCCGGAACAAAUAUUUUUUUAAAUUAUGUCCAUAAACAUGUUUUAAUGUUUGAAAAUCGUCUCGAUUAACUUGUAAAACUGGUUCCGUGAUCUUAGAAAAUACUAGUUUUCAUGACAGCCACUAGUCUACUUGCCAAAACUCAGUUAUUUUAGCUGUAUGCCUUAUUUUUACCAAAAAAAAAUCAUGCCGUUGGCGUAUUAUACAUACAAAGUAUGGAACUUUUAAAAAUCUUCACUCAAAGCACCAUAGAUGGCGUUUAACCACAUGUGCAACGCCAUCUAUUAAUCUUCACAUAAAAUUUGCCGUUACAAACCUGUCUAAGGCAUGAUUUUUAUUUGGUAAGUUAUAUGUGUUGUUUACGUUGCCAUAUUUAGAAUAUAAGUGAUAUGUUUUAGAUUUUAUUUAUUAAGAACGAUUUAUAAAUAUUUUUCUUCACCGUUCUUGUUAUGCUCUUCAUUGUUCACCGUUCUUGUGGAUUCACAGACGGGAACGAUUAUCGACAAAUGGAUAUGUACGUAGUUACCAGUCUUAGACAAAGGGAACAAGAAUAGCAAUGGAAAAAGUUUAUAAAUCGGACGUUCCAUGCGGUAGCCAACUAAGUUUUUCCGAAAAAUAUGUAAAUCCUUUUUUUUUGUGGGGAAUAGUUGUUUACACAUCACAAUUUGUAUAUUUGAUAUGGAAAUGUGUGACUGGAGAUAUUUUAAUUUCUAAUUGACGUGGAUCUUGAAGAUAUUAAUAAUUUUUAAAUACGUCAGGUUUGCAGUAUUAUUUUGGAUUUUUAAGGAUCAAAGAACUUAAAUGAAAUUAUGGACAUAGUUAAAGUUGAAUGAAUCAUGAUUUGAACAUAUCAUCCCUUUCAGAUAAUUUUCGUAGACUGACCGUUGAGAAUCUUCCGUAAACUUGCGAAAAUAUCAUUUUCAUCCACACCGCACACAUUCGAUACAAAUAUAUUGCACAAACUCUACUAGUAUACUCAUUGCCAGUGUAAAUAGACUUUUAAAGUGUUUACGAUUCUCGUAGUAGGGUGUUGCGUGAAUAUAUGAUCUGAAAAUAAAGCUAGUCAUAUAAAGAGAAAUAAA